AUGGCGGACUACGAUGAAAAGUAUGAGCUGAACGGCUAUGGUGAAAAUGGCGCCUACGAUGAAGUUGACGUCGGUCAAGAUGAUAUCACAUCUGAAGAUUGCUGGAAGGUCAUCAGUUCGUUCUUUGAAAUCAAGAAACUCGCGUCUAUGCAGAUAGACUCGUUCAAUCACUUUAUGAGGGCUGGAUUACAAGACCUCAUCAACGAGAAGGGCGGCGUCACACUUGACCAUGCCCAAAAUGUCGACGACGACGACCCAAAUCCUGUUGUCAUUAAGCGACACGAAGUCAAAUUUGGCAAGGUUUCUCUCAGCAAGCCCAACGUGACCGAAGUCGAGGGUACCACAGCAGAUUGCAUGCCUCAUGAAGCCCGGAUGCGAAGUCUGACCUACGCGAGUCCCGUCUUCGUGAGGAUGAGCAGAAGAACAUGGUACGCGAAGGAAAAGCCGUGGCAGGAAGACUCAAGAUACGAGGUUGUUCAGAGUCAGAGAGACGAUGGCUCUCAGCUGUAUUGGAGACAGAGCGACGACCCCGAUGAUAACGAAGCUGAAAAGGACGUUUUCCUCGGCAAAGUCCCUAUUAUGGUCAGAAGUAUGACCUGCCACUUGGUGAGCGAACAGUUUCAAGGCGAGAGAGACUUGUUCGCGUGGGGAGAGUGCCCCUACGAUCAGGGUGGCUACUUCAUCAUAAACGGCAGCGAAAAGGUCCUCAUUGCGCAGGAACGGAGUGCCGGCAAUAUCGUGCAGGUGUUCCAGAAGGCAGCGCCGUCUCCAUUCACCCACCUUGCCGAAAUCAGAUCCGUCAUUGACAAAGGUGCCCGCAUGAUGUCGCAAUGCACAGUCAAACUCUUUCGAAGAGUCGACGGUCCCGAUGGUACCAAGAUUGACAAUCCUAUCCGGGUCCAGCUUCCCUACGUCAAACAGGACAUUCCCCUUGUCAUCGUCUUUCGCGCCUUGGACAUCGUCUCCGAUGCAGAUAUCCUAGAGAAGAUCGUGUUCGACCAAAGUGACAAAGAGAUGAUGGAUAUGCUGAUGGGCUCGCUACAAGAAGGUCAGGCUAUUCAGGGCGCGGACCUGGCUCGUGACUUCAUCGCACGCCGAGGAACUGUUCCCACGCUCAAGAGCCACGAACGACAAAAACACGCCAUCGAUAUUCUGACGAAGGAGUUUUUGCCUCACAUCGGCCAGACCGCGGAUGCCACUGCCCGCAAAGCGUUCUUCUUGGGCUACAUGAUCAAUCGGUUACUAAAGUGCGCUCUAGGGCGAGCCGAACCCGAUGAUCGAGAUCACUUGGGAAAGAAGCGGCUUGACCUUGCCGGUCCUUUGAUGACAAACUUGUUCCGCUUGCAACUCGACAAGGCGACCAAAGACUUCUAUCGAUACAUGACGAAGCGCGUAGAGGCUGGCCAACAGAUCAACAUGACAGCCGGGUUCAAAAACCAGAUGAUCACAACCGGGCUGAAGUAUUCAUUGGCCACUGGCAAUUGGGGCGAUCAGAAGAAACUGGACAAGGCGAAGGCUGGCGUGUCUCAGGUGCUCAGUCGUUACACUUUUGCCUCUACCUUGUCUCACCUUCGUCGAACCAACGCACCCAUCGGCCGAGAAGGCAAGAUUGCAAAGCCUCGCCAGCUCCACAAUACCCAUUGGGGUUACGUUUGCCCUGCUGAAACGCCUGAGGGUCAAGCUUGCGGUUUGGUCAAAAAUCUGUCACUGAUGUCGAUGGUCACAAACGCGUAUGAGACCAAGCCAUUGACGGACUAUAUCAUGUCUCUGAAUGUUGAGGCGCUAGAAGAUUGGGAACCUCGAUUAAAUCCUCAAGCCACCAAAGUCUUCGUGGACGGUGUGUGGUUUGCUGUUGUUCUGCGAGAUCCCAAGCGAUUGGUAGAUGACCUUCGCAAGCUACGACGAAAGGGCACGUUCGAUCAGCAAGUCAGUCUGGUCUGGGACAUCCGAGAAAAAGAGUUCAGGGUCAGUGGUGACUCGGGCAGGAUUAUUCGUCCGCUUUUUAUCGUCGAAACAGAUCGAGGCUCACCUAAUCGGGGGAAUCUUGUCCUCAACAAGGAACACAUCCAGAGGCUGGACAACACUGCCAUCCUGAAAGAGGACGGCUACGAUUGGUCAGAAGUCAAACCGUAUGGCUGGAACGAGCUCUUAGAGGAUGGUGUUGUCGAAUACCUCGACGCCGAAGAGGAAGAGACAGCCCUGAUCAUCAUGAGCCCCGAAGCCUUGUCAGAUGCCAACGCGAAGAAGGCGGGCCUUGACAUUGAGCCAGAAGACGACCCAUUGCGAAGAAACGAUCCUCCACUGGUCCGCGGUGGCGAAGGCUUCACGCACUGCGAGAUUCACCCCAGUAUGAUCUUGGGUGUCUGUGCCAGUAUCAUUCCUUUCCCCGAUCACAACCAGUCGCCCCGUAAUACCUACCAGUCCGCUAUGGGUAAACAAGCUAUGGGCGUCUUCCUCACGAACUUCGACCAGCGUAUGGAGACGAUGGCGAACAUUCUCUAUUACCCUCAGAAGCCGCUUGCCCGGACCAUGGCAAUGGACUACCUAAAGUUCCGAGAACUUCCUGCGGGACAGAACGCGAUUGUCGCGAUCGCAUGUUAUUCCGGCUACAACCAAGAAGAUUCCGUCGUCAUGAACCAGAGUUCUAUCGAUCGAGGCCUUUUCCGGUCGCUGUUCUACCGAACAUACCAGGAUCAGGAGAAGAUUGUUGGCCAUGCAGUGCUCGAGCAAUUUGAAAAGCCCACGAGAAGUGACACACUUCGUCUCAAGCACGGCACCUACGACAAAAUCGAUGAAGAUGGUAUUGUCGCGCCCGGCGUGCGCGUCAGUGGUGAAGAUAUCAUCAUGGGCAAGACUGCACCCAUGGCACCAGAUGCAGAAGAACUGGGGCAAAGACAGAAACAACACAUCAAGAGAGAUGUAUCGACACCUCUACGGUCUACCGAGUCGGGCAUCGUCGAUCAAGUCAUGCUGUCGACGAACUCUGAGGGUAAUCGAUUCGCAAAGGUCAGGGUCAGAACGACAAAGGUACCCCAAAUCGGCGACAAGUUCGCAUCGCGCCACGGUCAGAAGGGUACCAUUGGUAUAACCUACCGACACGAGGAUAUGCCCUUUACACGGGAAGGCAUUGUUCCAGAUCUGAUCAUCAACCCGCACGCCAUUCCCUCACGCAUGACGAUUGCGCAUUUGAUCGAGUGUCAACUCUCCAAAGUCGCCACGCUCAGAGGAGACGAAGGCGAUGCCACACCAUUCACAAAAGUCACCGUGACUCAGAUCUCGGAACUGCUCCGACGGAUGGGGUACCAUUCCCGCGGCUUCGAGGUCAUGUACAACGGGCACACAGGGCGCAAGCUCGUCGCUCAGGUUUUCCUGGGUCCCACAUACUACCAGCGUCUAAGGCACAUGGUCGACGAUAAGAUCCACUCUCGUGCCCGCGGCCCUACGCAGAUCCUGACGCGCCAACCUGUCGAGGGUCGCGCCCGGGACGGUGGUUUACGGUUCGGAGAGAUGGAGCGCGACUGCAUGAUUGCGCACGGUGCAUCUUCGUUCCUCAAGGAACGCCUCUUUGACGUGUCGGAUCCGUUCCGUGUCCACGUAUGUGACAUCUGCGGCCUGAUGACCGUCAUCGCCAAACUCAAGAAGAGCACGUACGAGUGCAAGAACUGCAACAACAAGAACAAGAUCAGUCAGAUCCAUAUUCCGUAUGCGGCAAAGUUGCUGUUCCAGGAACUGUGGAGCAUGAAUAUCGCGGCACGGUUGUACACCAAGAGAGCAAAAGAUGACAAGGCCGGGCUGUAA